AUGAGCCCCAGGGGCACGGGCUGCUGCGCCAGGCUGCUGCUGACGCUGGCCGGGCUGCUCCUGGGGGUUCCCAGGGCCGCGUGCGGGGCCAAUGUCACCGCCCUGCAGGAGGGGCCCGGCCCUGGGAUGGUCAGCGAGGGGGAUCCGGAGGGCGACAACGUGGAUCCAGAGUCCAGCAACUUGCCCGCAUCCGCGGAGACCCCCGAGAACGCUGAAAAUCCAGUAGUCAAAGAAGUAGAAUAUGGGAUGUGCACCGUUACAUGUGGCAUUGGUAUCAGAGAAGUUAUAUUAACAAAAGGAUGCCCUGGAGAUGAAUCCAAGUGUAUUGUGAGGGUGGAAGAGUGCCGUGGACCAGUAGACUGUGGCUGGGGCACACCAAUUUCAGAAAGUCUUGACAGUGCUAGACUGGCUUGUGUUCAUGUAGCUCCUGUAAAUCGUUUCAGAUAUGUUUGGAGAGUUAUAAGGGCAGACCAGCAACCUAUUGUAAUUUCAAAUGAUACAGUAACAUUGGAUAUUAAGAGGGAAACUCAUCCCAUUGCUUUUGAGUGUAAUACUUAUGAGAAUAAUGACCUAGUAGCAUCUGUUAGAUUCACAGUCUACACAUCAAAUGAACUGCAGCUUAAAAGAACAAACCGGCCAGAUACUGAUGCAGUCCUCGUUUUUGUGCUGACUAUAGGAGUCAUUAUUUGCGUAUUUGUGAUCUUUGUACUGAUUUUCAUAAUUAUAAAUUGGGCAGCCGUCAAAGCUUUCUGGGGGGCAAAAUCCUCAAGUACUGAGAUACAUUCUGAUCUGAGUUCAAUGAGAUAUAAAGAUUCAGCCUCAAUUGACCAAUCACCAGCAGAAAUGCCUGCACGUGAAGAUGAUGCUUUAAGUGAAUGGAAUGAAUGA